ACCUCAGAGCAGUUUUUUAAAGAGGCUGGAAGGAGACAUAGGAGACUUCAGCUUCUGCACUCCAGGCUCUGGGUUUUUACCUUGGAGACAGGACAGCACAGUUACUCUCCAAGAAGGGACUUCUGGGUCAUGAGGCCUAUGGCAUCACCACAGGUCGCUGGGAAAUGGCAAGUGCUGUGUAUGUUGUCCUUGUGCUGCUGUGGCUGGGUGUCUGGGCAGCUUCGGUAUUCAGUGGUGGAGGAGUCUGAGCCGGGGACUUUGGUGGGGAACGUUGCUCAAGAUCUGGGCUUAAAGGGGACAGAUCUAUUGAGCCGCAGGCUGAGAUUGGGCUCUGAGGAGAAUGGGCGCUAUUUUUCCCUGAGUUUGGUGAGCGGAGCUUUGGCAGUGAGUCAGAAAAUUGACCGAGAGAGCCUGUGCGGAGCCAGCACUAGCUGCCUGCUGCCUGUACAGGUGGUAACUGAACACCCACUGGAGCUCACCCGGGUAGAGGUAGAGAUCCUGGACCUCAAUGACAACUCUCCCAGCUUUGCCACUCCUGAUCGAGAGAUGCGCAUCUCGGAAUCAGCUGCACCUGGAGCCAGGUUCCCACUGGAUAGUGCCCAAGACCCAGAUGUGGGCACCAAUACUGUGAGCUUUUAUACUCUCAGCCCCAACAGCCACUUCUCUCUGCAUGUGAAGACCCUAAAAGAUGGAAAGCUCUUCCCAGAGCUAGUGCUAGAGCAACAGCUAGACCGUGAGACCCAGGCAAGACAUCAGCUAGUACUCACUGCCGUGGAUGGGGGAACCCCAGCCCGCUCAGGGACCAGCCUUAUCUCGGUCAUUGUGCUGGACGUCAAUGAUAAUGCCCCAACCUUCCAGUCCUCGGUUCUACGUGUGGGACUCCCAGAGAACACACCCCCGGGUACACUGCUGCUCCGUCUCAAUGCCACUGAUCCAGACGAGGGCACCAAUGGCCAACUAGACUACUCUUUUGGAGACCAUACAUCUGAAACAGUGAAGAAUCUCUUUGGCCUGGAUCCUAGCAGUGGAGCAAUCCAUGUGUUGGGUCCAGUAGAUUUUGAGGAAUCAAAUUUCUAUGAAAUUCAUGCAAGAGCUCGAGACCAGGGACAGCCAGCCAUGGAGGGCCACUGUGUAAUUCAAGUAGAUGUAGGGGAUGCUAACGACAACCCCCCUGAAGUGCUGCUGGCAUCUUUGGUCAACCCUGUGCUAGAGAGCACACCCGUAGGCACGGUUGUGGGGUUGUUUAAUGUGCGGGACCGAGACUCAGGUAGAAAUGGUGAGGUGAGCCUGAAGACAUCUCCAAACCUGCCAUUUCAGAUCAAGCCUUCUGAGAACCACUACUCACUGCUCACCAGCCAGCCUCUGGACCGAGAGGCCACAUCCCAUUAUACCAUCGAGCUGCUGGCCAGUGAUGCUGGAUCACCCCCCCUACAUACCCAUCUCACCCUCAGGCUGAACAUUUCAGACGUUAAUGAUAACGCACCCCAUUUCACCCAACAGCUCUACACUGCUUAUAUCCCAGAAAACCGCCCACCAGGCUCUCUCCUCUGUACUGUGGCUGCCUCUGAUCCAGACGAGGGGGAUAAUGCCCGCCUCACCUAUUCUAUUGUGGGGAGUCAAAUCCAGGGAGCCCCAGCCUCCUCCUUUGUGUAUGUCAACCCCGAGGAUGGACGAAUCUUUGCCCAGCGGACCUUUGACUAUGAGUUACUGCAGAUGCUGCAAAUCGUGGUGGGGGUCCGUGAUUCCGGCUCUCCCCGACUGCAUGCUAACACAUCUCUCCAUGUGUUUGUCCUCGAUCAGAAUGAUAAUGCCCCAGCUGUGCUGCACCCACGACCUGGCAGGGAGUUCUCAGCCCCUCAGCGUCUCCCCCGAUCUGCUCCUCCUGGUUCUUUGGUCACCAAGGUGACAGCCGUGGAUGCUGACGCUGGUCACAAUGCAUGGCUCUCUUACUCUCUCUUACCACAGUCCACAGCCCCCGGACUGUUCCUUGUAUCUGCACACACUGGUGAGGUGCGCACAGCCCGGGCCUUAUUGGAGGAUGACUCUGAUACCCAACAGGUGGUGGUCCUGGUGAGGGAUAAUGGUGACCCUUCACUAUCCUCCACAGCAACAGUACUGCUGGUUCUGGAGGACGAGGAUGCAGAGGAAAUGCCCAAAUCCAGUGACUUCCUCACACACCCUCCUGAGCGGUCAGACCUCACCCUUUACCUUAUUGUGGCACUAGCAGCUGUCAGUCUCUUAUCCUUAGUUACCUUCACUUUCAUGUCAGCUAAGUGUCUGCGGAGGCAUGAAGAUGGGGACCGGGGUGGGGGCCACUGCUGCAGGGGCCAGGACUCACCCUCCAGGGAGUUCUAUAAGCAGUCCAGCCCCAACCUCCAGGUGAGCUCAGAUGGCACACUAAAGUACAUGGAGGUGACCCUGCGGCCCACGGACUCUCAGAGCCAUUGCUACAGGACCUGCUUUUCUCCGGCCUCGGAUGGCAGUGACUUCACUUUCCUCAGGCCCCUCAGCGUUCAGCAGCCCUCAGCCUUGGCGCUGGAACCCGAGGCCUUGCGUUCCCGCUCUAGUACGCUGCGGGAGCGGAGCCAGCAAGCCCCGCCCAACACUGACUGGCGUUUCUCUCAAGCCCAGAGACCCGGCACGAGCGGAUCCCAAAAUGGUGAUGAAACUGGCACCUGGCCCAACAACCAGUUUGAUACAGAGAUGCUGCAAGCCAUGAUCUUGGCCUCUGCCAGCGAAGCUGCUGAUGGGAGCUCUACCCUGGGAGGGGGCGCUGGCACCAUGGGUCUGAGCGCUCGAUACGGACCCCAGUUUACCCUGCAGCACGUGCCUGACUACCGCCAGAACGUGUACAUCCCUGGCAGCAAUGCCACGCUGACCAAUGCCGCUGGCAAACGAGAUGGCAAGGCUCCAGCAGGUGGUAAUGGCAACAAGAAGAAAUCGGGCAAGAAAGAGAAGAAGUAAUAUGGAGGCCAGGCCUUGAACCACAAGGCAGCCUCCCUCCCCAGCCAGUCCAGCUCGUCCUUACUUGUACCCAGGCCUCAGAAUUUCAGGGCUCACCCCAGGAUACUGGUAGGAGCCAGGGCCAUGCUCCCCGUUGGGAAACAGAAACACGUGCCCAAGCCAACACCCCCUCUCUAUACCCUAGGGAGUUGAAUAUGCAAAGAGAGUUCUGCUGGGACCCCCCUAUUCAAUCAGUGAUUGUACCCACAUGGGUAGCAGGGUUUGUGUGUGUGGACAUACACACACACACACACACACACACACACAAACCAUGCCACACUCCCUUAGUUACAGCUGAACUCCUCCAUCUUCCAACCCAGGCAGGCUUAUCCAUCUCCUGCCGCCCUCUCCCCACCCCACCCACUCCUUCAGUCCCUCUCUUUGAGCAAGGUAGCUGGGCUGUUGGGGUGACCGGUGAGCUAAGCCGGCUCCUAGUUCUGAACGGUAGGGAGAGUAUUACAAUCUUUUGGCCUCUCCUUCAGUUCAGCUUUCCCCCAAAGCAUGGUUUGGUACCAGUCUUCUCUUUUCCUUCCAGAGCCUGAGACCAAUGCUUAAGUUUUGGGGGAACAGGCACCCUCCCUCUGGUACUGAUGAUGCUUGCUGGAUUUUGGGAAGGCAUUUUGCUACUAAGCCUCUUUUCAAUGCCUGGGGACAACUAGUCUUUUGUUUUUCAUUGUUUGAUGUUCCCACUGCAUGCUGUGACUUCCCUACACCUCAAAGAAGAGACUCCUUUGCAUGUCUGGAGACAGUAGGGGGUGGUAAACUAAAGGGAAGUUGAGAGUGUAUACUGCUGGGAGUGGGGCAGUGGACAAAACAGCCUGUUAAUAGGGUCUUGCAAGGGGCUCUGUAUGUACCCAGGGGACUGGCUCAAUCCUCACAUUCUAGCCAUAGACAAACACCAGGCCAGACCCCUCCAUUCUGGUUCAGCCUGGGCAGCUUGGGCUGAGCCACCAGGACCAAUGGAUUUAAGCUGACAUUUCAGUCCAAGACGACGACUUCUAAGUGAGUUUAAGACCAGAGAGGAAAGAGGGGCCUCUGUGGGUGCUGGGUACUCCAGAGGUGCCCUUGGUGGGAGGACCAGUGGUCUUAGCAGGAAGGGGGGCCCAGCAAGGUCAUUCUUGGACCCUGGGUCUAGUCCAGUAGCUAGAAAAAGGGACCAAGUGGCCAUAAAGUCCCAGCCAAUGAUGGGGCUUUUCCAGUGGGCCCCUGUAGACCUCAAGCCCCUGGCCUCCACCUUACCAGGUGCCAUUUCUUCUCAGAAGGCCACUGCCCAGGCCCCCAGGCCGCCCCCUUGUGGCCAGAGAACGGUUAAAGCCCCCCAGUGCCUCCUUGUGCAUAGAACUUCCUCUGCCCUAGCCCUUACAGUAGUGUAGAAGAUCCCCCUCCCCCGCUGGUGUAGAAUAGCCAAUAGUAUAGUGUGGUGUGCUUUUACGUGAUGGCGAGUGGGCAGCGGGCGGUGGGCUGUACACAGCCGUCUGUCCUUUGAAUCUCAAUCUGCCUGCGCGGCCCGUGCUGUGUUUUGUGCUGUGUCCACACGCUGCGGCGACCCCUCCCUGUACUGACUUCUCUAUAAAAAGCUUCUCUUCGCAUAGUCACGUAGCUCCUGCCCAUCCCCCUUCCGAUAUCUCUCGCAAGUUUUAUACUCUAAUAUUUAUAUGGCUUUUUUCUUCGAAAAUUAAAAAUAAAAAAAUGGUUUCUUCUGAAA